AUGUGCUUCGGUAAAAAGCUGCUGCGAAUGGCAUACAAGCCGGUGCAGAGCUUUUCAGCCAUGGAGGACAUCACCAUGGCCACAACGGAGGCUACCACCACCAUCACCAUGAUGGUCAUCACGACGGUGGCGGACACUCGUCGGGUUGGCAUGGCGGCGGACACUCGGGAGGUUACGAUGGCGGCGGUCAUUCAGGUGGCGGACACGAUGGCGGCGGCGGCGGAGGAGGAGGAGGAGGAGGAGGCGAUGGUGGAGGGGGUGGAGGAUGUUGACUGGUCUCGUUUCAAACCAGAGAAAUGCACUCUAUCAAGCACCUAUAAUGCGUACCGAAUGACCUGCUCAAAGAUGCCUCAUGCUACUCGAUGCUGCUUAUCAUGGCCAAGGGGUGGCAAAACCAGUUAG